AUGUCUCUUUGGGAAGUCAGUACUAUCUCCAUCAACACCGUGUCCCCAGAUCAUCAAAAUAUCAGUCUCUUCGCCAAUGGCCGUCAUCAAAUCCCCGUCAACGUCUUCAUCUCCGCAAAGGAAAAGGGGAGCACAAAAAGAUACCAGCUAUCACCCGAAGAGCUCAAGUCGGUCCAACUUAUCGACUUUGUUACCAAUGAGGAAUUGACUGGAGACUGGACUUAUUCAACUACCAGGAAUGAAUUCAGCCAUAGUAUUUCUUCGAUGGCCCUUGCCGAUUCUGCGGAAAGCCCCGAGACUGCGCAAAAUGCGGCUUUCGAUAACAAGCGGGACACCAUACAAUUCUGGAUCUCAACAACUGAGAUUGCGAGCAAGGAGAUUGCGGCUUCCAUUACGUCCCCGGAGGGAAUAAAGUCCAGCACAAACGGUUCUCACAAUUAUUCCAGCGUCAUCGUGACAAUCAAGGCCCCCAUAACGUACACAACCGAAGACAUUGUCUUAGAGAAGCAUGUAGAGGAACAGGGCAGUUACCUACUGGACUGGAUGAAUUUCUUCGGUGACUGGGAGAAGGCUUGGCCAGGGUAUUGGCAAACCAACCACUACGUCUCACUCAGGAACAAAGUGCCGCUUUGCAAAUCUGAGAAUGUCGGCCUGGACACACGUGCUAAUCCUCGAUUGAACAACGCGUUUGGGUACUGGGCCAGCGACGGAUGUAACUUGCGUGUCUACUAUAUCUGGAAGUGCGGGCCCGAAACGACCAAAGAGGGGCGAGUUUAG